AUGCUCGAGGAUAUACAAUUAGUUUAUAUGAACGUGAAGAUAUUGCGCUUCUGGGCGCUACUCUACGAUAAAAAUGUGAUGCGCUACGUUUGCUUCACGUUGACCACGAUCCACGUCCUCACCCAGCUGCUUUACAUACUCACCACCAACGAGGGCCUCAUUGGCAUCAUACGCAACUCAUAUAUGCUGGUGCUCUGGAUAAAUACGUUGCUGCGUGCAUGUUUGCUAUUGUACGAUCAGCAGAGUUAUGUGCAGCUGAUAAACGAUCUCAGAUGUUACUAUUAUGAGCUGAGGCGACUGCAUGAUCCCUAUAUAUCACAGCUGUUGUCAAGGGUAAAUCGACAGGGUCAGAUUAUGGCACGCGGCAAUCUGUUCUUUGGCCUGCUCACCUGCAUUGGCUUUGGUCUGUAUCCACUCAGCUCCAAUGAGCGAGUGUUGCCAUUUGGCAGCAAACUCCCGGGAAUAAAUGAGUAUGCGACGCCCUACUAUCAAGUGUGGUUCUGCUUUCACAUGCUCAUCACUCCGAUGGGCUGCUGCAUGUACAUUCCGUAUACCAGUCUGUGUGUGGCCUUCAUCAUGUUUGGCAUUGUGAUGUGCAAGGCGCUGCAGCAUCGAUUGCGUUCCCUGGGCAGCAGGCUGCUAACAAAGACGCAGCUCUCCAAGGAAAUAAACGAAUGCAUUAUCUAUCAUCAGCGGAUCAUUGAUUAUAUACAGAACAUCAAUAAUCUAACUACUUACAUAUUUCUCAUCGAGUUUUUGGCCUUUGGAGCGCUGCUCUGUGCGCUGCUCUUUAUGCUCAUGUUUGUGGACUCAACGGCGCAUGUUGUCAUUGUGAGUGCGUAUAUCAACAUGAUACUCGCACAAAUCUUGGCACUCUAUUGGUUCGCCAAUGAGCUAAGGGAGCAGAACCUGGCCAUUGCUGUCGCGGCAUACGACACGGAAUGGUUCACCUUCGAAAUUGCAGUACGCAAAAAAUUGUUAUUUAUGAUAUUACGUGCACAGCGGCCAGCAUCGAUACUCUUGGGCAACAUUCGACCGAUUACAUUGGAACUAUUUCAGAACUUACUCAAUACGACUUACACAGUUUUUACCGUCCUCAAACGUAUUUAUGGUUGAUGCCUCCAAUUUGA